AUGGCGAGCCACCCUGGUGCCAUGAUCUCCAAUUUUUCGAGUGUCCCUUAUGUCUCAGCAAAUUUACCGAGUGAUAUUAUUAAUGAUAUUUUUGCUAGACUUCCUGUGAAGUCUCUUGCUCGAUUCAUGUGUGUGUCCAAAUCCAUGUAUGCGUUGCUUCACAAUCAGAAAUUCAUUAAGAAGCAUCUUGAAAGAGCAAUACGGAUAGACCCGAAUCUCAUCCUGAGAACAGACUUCAAGCUUUUUGCUGUUGAUAAUGAAGGAUGGAGCAAAGCUCGAAAACUUCAAGUACCCUUUUCUUUAUCUCUUGAUAAAGUUGAGAUUUCGGGUUCAUACCAUGGCCUGCUUUGCAUUUCUGAUCAGAGAUGCAAUGAAGAUAUUUAUCUCUUUAACCCUUCUACCGGAGUUUACAGGAAGCUUCCGCCUCCGGAGUUCGAUGUCCCCACCAUUGAAAGUACUUGUUUUACUUCGUUGGGAUUCGGUUUCCAUCGAGCAGAGAAUGAUUACAAGGUAAUAAGAUCUAUUUUCCUUUAUGAUAAGCCUUUUGAAAACAUUGAUUCUUAUCAAUGUGAAGCUAGGAUUUACUCUUUAAGCACUGAUAAGUGGAAGAAAAUUGGAGCUGUUCCAUUCCAUAUCAGCACUCGAGCUGCAGUUUGUUUUGAUGAUCAAAUUUUUAUUUGGAAAGCGUCUCGAGGGUUUGGAAGAAGAAUGAGUAUUCUGGUGGUUGCUUUUGACAUGGACAAAGAAGAGUUCAAAGAGGUUCCAAAACCUGAGCUCAGAGAUCCUGCGAGCUGUCAGAUUGAAGUCGGGGUGAUGAAAGAGUACUUUUCGAUGUUUCAUAUGUGGAGAGGUGAGCGUGUUGAGAUUUGGGCAAUGAAGGAGUUCGGCGUGAAGGAGUCGUGGACAAAGAUGUUUGUGAUCGGACCCCAGAUGAUGAUAGAUCCCUGUUACAUAUUUUUGAGGCCUCUGUGUAUGAAGAAGAAUGGCGAAAUUCUGAUAGAGAAGGGCGAGGGGAAGUUGGUUAUGUAUGCACCUGAAGAUGAAAUUGUGAAUGAGUUUACUGCCAUUCGAAGAGCUCCGAGAUGGUUUUCUCUGUAUACUUAUGUGGGGAGCUUGGUUUCACCCUUCACCAACGGGGCGGAAAGUGCUUGA